AUAUUUUUGUUCUUUCUUCACAGAUUCACCCACAUCUACACUGACUGUGACACCAGACAGACCUGUAUUCACUGGAGAGACAGUCACUCUGACCUGUGUUAUAGAGUCUCACAGUGACUGGAGAUAUGAGUGGAAUAAAGACAGUAUAAAGUUACAGACGUCUGAUGGUUACACUGUAAACAGAGACACUCUCACUAUCAGAGGAGCUACUGAGUCUGAUCAGGGUCAGUACUGGUGUAGAGGACAGAGAGAUGAAAGACCACAAUCAUCACAAUCAAGCUCUGCUGUUUCUCUCUCUGUGGAGGAGAGACCAAAACCUGUAUUGAAGGUGAUUCCAGAUCAGCGUGUGUUCAGAGGAGAGACAGUCACUCUCACAUGUGACAUACAGCCAGCAGGAACAGACACGCAGUGGACAUACAGCUGGUUUAAAGAUGGUUCAGUCAUCAAAGACGUCACUGAGAGAGUCUACAGCAUCACAUCUGUGUCUGAUAGUGUUACAUACAGCUGUAGAGGAGAGAGAUCAGACUCACAGAGAUCAGACAUCAGUGCUGCUGUUACACUGACUGUAUCAGAUUCACCCAGAUCUACACUGACUGUGACACCAGACAGACCUGUAUAUACUGGAGAGACAGUCAAUCUGACCUGUGUUAUAGAGUCUCACAAUGACUGGAGAUAUGAAUGGUAUACAGGCACAAACAACAGUGUAAUGUUACAGAUGUCUGAUCGUUACACUGUAAACAGAGACACUCUCACUAUCAGAGGAGCUACUGAGUCUGAUCAGGGUCAGUACUGGUGUAGAGGACAGAGAGAUGAAAGACCACAAUCAUCACAGGAGAGUAACCGAAUAAAUCUGUCUGUUAAUGAUUCACCCAGAUCUACACUGACUGUGACACCAGACAGACCUGUAUUCACUGGAGAGACAGUCACUCUGAAGUGUGAGAUUGAGUCUCACAGUGACUGGAGAUGGAGAAUUGACCAGACACAUGACAGCGGAUAUGACUGGACACCUGAGUGGAGAUAUGAGUGGUUUAAAGACAGUGUAAUGUUACAGACGUCUGGUCGUUACACUGUAAACAGAGACACUCUCACUAUCAGAGGAGCUACUGAGUCUGAUCAGGGUCAGUACUGGUGUAGAGGACACAUAGACAGAAGAUCAGUCUCAUCACAAUCAAGCUCUGUUUCUCUCUCUGUGGAGGAGAGACCAAAACCUGUAGUGAAGGUGACUCCAGAUCAGCGUGUGUUCAGAGGAGAGACAGUCACUCUCACAUGUGACAUACAGCCAGCAGGACACAUUCAGUGGAGAUACAGCUGGUUUAAAGAUGGAGACACUCAGUAUCCAGUAUACACAACAACAACAGCAGAGUUCAGUUUCACAGCUGAUUAUGUGUCUGAUAGUGUUACAUACAGCUGUAGAGGAGAGAGAUCAGACUCACAGAGAUCAGACAUCAGUGCUGCUGUUACACUGACUGUAUCAGAUUCACCCAGAUCUACACUGACUGUGACACAAAACAAUCCUGUAUUCACUGGAGAGACAGUCACUCUGACCUGUGCUAUAGAGUCUCACAGUGACUGGAGAUAUGAGUGGUAUAAAGACAGAUACAGUGCAAUGUUACAGACGUCUGAUGGUUACACUGUAAACAGAGACACUCUCACUAUCAGAGGAGCUACUGAGUCUGAUCAGGGUCAGUACUGGUGUAGAGGACAGAGAGAUGAAAGACCACAAUCAUCACAAUCAAGCUCUGCUGUUUCUCUCUCUGUGACGGAGAGACCAAAACCUGUAGUGAAGGUGACUCCAGAUCAGCGUGUGUUCAGAGGAGAGACAGUCACUCUGACCUGUGUUAUAGAGCCAGCAGGACACAUUCAGUGGAGAUACAGCUGGUUUAAAGAUGGUUCAGUCAUCAGAGACGUCACUGAGAGAGUCUACAGCAUCACAUCUGUGUCUGAUAGUGAAUACAGCUGUAGAGGAGAGAGAUCAGACUCACAGAGAUCAGACAUCAGUGCUGCUGUUACACUGACUGUAUCAGAUUUACCCAGAUCUACACUGACUGUGACACCAGACAGACCUGUAUUCACUGGAGAGACAGUCACUCUGACCUGUGUUAUAGAGUCUCACAGUGACUGGAGAUAUGAGUGGUAUAAAGGCACAGACGACAGUGUAAUGUUACAGACGUCUGAUGGUUACACUGUAAACAGAGACACUCUCACUAUCAGAGGAGCGAAUGAGUCUGAUCAGGGUCAGUACUGGUGUAGAGGACAGAGAGAUGAAAGACCACAAUCAUCACAAUCAAGCUCUGUUUCUCUCUCUGUGAAGGAGAGACCAAAACCUGUAGUGAAGGUGACUCCAGAUCAGCGUGUGUUCAGCGGAGAGACAGUCACUCUCACAUGUGACAUACAGCGAGCAGGACACAUUCAGUGGACAUACAGCUGGUUUAAAGAUGGAGACACUCACAAUCCAUACACAACAACAACAACAGCAGACUACAGUUUCACAGCUUAUGUGUCUGAUAGCGUUACAUACAGCUGUAGAGGAGAGAGAUCAGACUCACAGAGAUCAGACAUCAGUGCUGCUGUUACACUGACUGUAUCAGAUCUGAAGCCAAAGCCUGAACUCGCAUCAUAUCCUGCAGGAGCUGCGCUGACAGGAAACACAGUGACUUUGACCUGUCGCAUGGAUCCGGCCGCUGGAUGGGACUUUUACUGGAACAAACACACACUGAACUCUGAGACAAAGACAGAAACAAACUCCUACAGAGUUCAGAUUGAUUCAGUGUCUGAUGGAGGCCAGUACUGGUGUAGAGCUGGAAGAGGAAAACCAGUCUACUACACACAAUACAGUGAUGCACUGUGGGUAAAUAUUACAGUGAGUCCUAAAGCUGUGGUGACGGUCCGGCCUGAUGAACGAGUGUUCAGAGGAGAAACAGUCGCUCUCAGAUGUGAUAUAAAGUGGGGAGGAGACACUGAGUGGACGUACAGAUGGGAAAUAGAGGGAACAAACUGGUAUAAAAACUCUGCUGACCGAUGUACAGAAGAGUGCAGCACCAGUGAAACUGAUAAUCAGAAAAACAGAAAUGCUGUCGGCUGGUGUUUAACACAAGAGUUGAACAUCAGCAGUGUUGAUCACGUUCACAGCGGUAAAUACACCUGCAGAGGACAGAAAAACACACAAUGCUCUCAGCGCAGUGAUGCUGUUACUCUGACUGUAUCGGCUGAAGCUCGGGCAGCAGUGCGAGUGUCUCCACAGCCGUGGCUGACUGAAGGAGACUCAGUGACUCUGAUCUGUGAGGUUACAGGCUCCUCUACAGGCUGGACGUUCAGCUGGUUCAGAGAUGAUGAUCGUCUGUCAGACAGCAGCAGAGGAGCUGCAGGCUCUUACACUCUCAGUCCUGCUGCUCUACAGCACACAGGAGUUUAUACGUGCAGAGCAGAGAGAGGACGACCGGCCUAUUACACAAACUACACACAGACACUGUGGAUCACUGGUGUUUCUCCUUCAGUGUCUCUGGAGGUCAGUCCCAGCAGAAGUCAACACUUCUCGUCUGACUCUCUCUCUCUGAGCUGUGAGGAUCAGAGUAACUCUGCUGGAUGGACGGUGAGAAGAUACACAGACAGAAACACAGAAGAUUGUUCAAAACAAACAGGAUCUACAUGUCGAAUCGUCUCUCUCAGCACAUCUGACUCUGGAGUUUACUGGUGUCAGUCUGAAUCUGGAGAGAAACGGCAUCCUCUCAACAUCACUGUACACGAUGGUGAUGUGAUUCUGGGGAGUUCUGUUGAUCCUGUGAUUGAGGGAGAUACUCUGACUCUACACUGUUUACAUCGAUCUACAAACUCCCGAUUCGGAGCUGAUUUCUAUAAAGACGGAUCACUCGUCCAGAAUCAGACGACAGGAGAGAUGAACAUCACGACUGUCUCAAAGUCACAUGAGGGUUUCUACUCCUGUAAAACAGAGAGAGGAGCGUCACCCAAGAGCUGGAUCUCAGUCAGAGUCUCAGCAGCUUCAUCUCUUCUUCUGGUCGCUGGAGUGGUUUUGGGAUUGUUGUGCUUGUUGAUCUUCAUCUCACUGCUGCUGCUGCUGUGGAGAUACAAGAAGAACAAAGCAGGUUCUGAUCAGAUCUGUGACGUUGUGACUGAAGUGAAUAAGAGACACAAAGAUGGUCCAGAGCCACUGGCGGAUGUCACAUAUUCAGAGGUCACUGUCAAGAAAAACAAGAAAAAGAUGGACAAAGAUGAUAGCAUGGCAGAGCCAAAUGAAGUGACAUACUCAGAAGUCAGAAAAAAAGUAAAGAAAUCCAAAAGCAAAGAUAUUAAUACUGCAGGACCCAGUGAUCUGGUUUAUGCACAGAUUGAUUUACAGGACAAAAAGAAAACCAAGAGCAAAGGUGCUGGACUCCGUGAUUUUUUCAUUGAAAUGAAAUCUAAGGACAAACAAAGAGGGAAGAGCAGUGAGUCUGGAGACACUUUGUACUCUGAACUGAAGCACAACACAGACAGAGGUGCUGAUGCUAGUGAUGCAACUUAUGCUCAACCUAUUAGGAAGAAGAAUAAAACACGUCCCUGAGUUCAGUGAAGACAGCAGACGGCUGAAAGAUUCACAGCAGCAGACACAGUAACGCUUGCUUUGCUUCAGAAAUCAAUCUGAGUGAACUGCUUCUGCACAUGCUUGACUGAAAUACUUAUGAAAGAUACAUAUGCACUGUAUUAUCUCUCUAACAGUAUUUUUUUACUCCAGUGAGCACUUAUGUUUAACACAGUUCUAGGUGAAACUGCUUUAAAGUUAUUAUUACAUUAUUAUACUGCAGCAUAUAAUUAUAUGUGCAGCAAAGGUAGAAUAAAAUAGUGUUUGAUUAUUAGAUUUAAAAACAAUGUAUUUUUUAAUUAAAUGUUUUUGUGUGUUAGUGCCCGUGUUUUUGCCAAGACAAUGAAAUGAUUUUCUUGCUUUCAUGUAUUGUCAUAUAUACUGCUUUUUACAUUCAUAUAUUUGAUUUGAUGUUAUAUAUGUUUUUUUUUGUUGUUGUUGUUGUUGUUGUUUUUUUGCUGCAGUUAAUGAAGUGUGAGACUUAUAUUUGAUAAAUAAAGACA